GUACUGCGCAGUCUCAGUGGAGCCCGGAGCCGCCAUCUUGCAAAAGUCGGAUCGAGCUACACUUUUUUCCGUCCCGAAACAAAAAUCUUCACCACGAAACGAUGCGUUUUUCCCAGCUCUGAGGAACUUUCCCGCCCUCGCACGACAAAGGACAUGCACGAGAGAUAAUACCAUGUCGUGCUUUCAGCAGCUUAGGCAGGAGUUGCGUCAGUUGGAGGCGCUUUUUCCGAAGGACCACGAGCGGUUCAGAGUGGAGUCGGCCUCUUUGGACGAAGUGACGUGCAGCUUUGUAAGCCCGAAAAACGACGAAACCUUCGUCAUUCAUUGCAAUAUCACCGAGACAUACCCGCAUUCCCCGCCCAUGUGGUUCUCGGAGUCAGAAGAUCCCGUUGUGUCGGCUGCGAUAGAGAACCUGUCCAACGUCUCCGGAGCAUCAAAUCUCCUGAUCCGACUGAUGAAACAGCUGGCCACAUCCCUGUGUAACAUGUACAACGUGCCUGUACACCCAGACAUCCUCAAACUAGACGCACCCAUGGAACAACAGAACGGUGAGGAGUCAUCAGAAAGUGAGGAUGACGGCAUGGACAGUGACUUGAAUGAGGACGUAGAUGAGGAGGACCAUUUUGAGAUGGACGAGGUGACGUCAGAGAGAGACAAGAAGAAGGAGGAAGAUGAAGACAUCGACACAGAAAACCUCAUCGUCCUGGAGAGACUCAAAAUGAACCAGCGAAGGGACUACCUGAAGGGGGCAGUGUCAGGGUCGGUCCAGGCUACAGACAGGCUCAUGAAGGAGCUCAGAAAUGUCUACAGGUCCGACAGCUUCAAGAGAGGAAUCUAUUCAGUGGACCUGGUGAAUGACAGCCUUUAUGACUGGAAUAUCAAGCUACAGGGAGUUGACCCAGACAGCCCCCUGUAUGCAGACUUAAUGGUGCUGAAGGAAAAGGAAGGCAGAGAUUUCAUCCUCCUUAACAUGACGUUCAAGGAGAACUUUCCGUUUGACCCUCCUUUUGUCAGGGUCAUCGCUCCAAUUAUAAAUGGAGGGUAUGUGCUGGGAGGUGGUGCCAUCUGUAUGGAACUGCUUACAAAACAGGGCUGGAGUAGUGCGUACACAAUAGAAGCUGUGAUCAUGCAGAUCUCGGCCACGCUGGUGAAGGGAAAAGCCAGGAUCCAGUUUGCAGCCAACAAGACUCCUGCUAACCAAUAUAGCCUUGCCCGGGCCCAGCAAUCUUUCAAGUCACUAGUGCAGAUACAUGAAAAAAAUGGUUGGUUUACACCUCCCAAGGAGGAUGGAUAGGUCCCACUAUGCAACACGCCCCCCCCCCCUCCCCCCUCAACCCCCC